AUGGAGCUGGCGUUUCUCCGCGAGUCUCUCAUCCGCAAUGAGCUCGUAGGCACCUCGGCUCUCGUACAUCUUAGCGCUUACCUCGAUCGAAUGAUCACGGCCCGACAGCCGGCGUUGGCUUUACGAGCUCUUAAGAACUUGGUGCCCAAAUUGGAGGCUCGCAAAGAAAGAGGCCUCACUGAGGAGCAGACUCACAAGGUCACCAAUCGUCUAUGGGAUGAGGCUUGCGACGAGGCCGUCAGAAACGAUUCGAACGGCCUGUUGACGUUCCUGGAUCCAUCGCUGCCAACGGGCGACAGCCUUCUGUCCCCAUUCUUGCACAUCGACGUCACUCCCACCCGCGUCUUGCUGUCUGGUCCGCACUGGCACAUGUCGAACCGCGUGAUCAGGUCGUAUAAAGAUCACUGGCAGCACUUCGCUCGGGUCACCUUCACUAACGAGAGUCGCGAAGGAGCCACCACCAUCACGCCCAACUACGGCUUCGCACAGAGCGAAACCUUCAUCCGGAAGCGCGUCCUGUCUAUACUCAAAGACGGAAUCAACGUGGCUGGACGCCACUGGGACUUGCUUGCGUGGUCCUCCUCGUCGAUGAGUACCCACACAGUCUGGUUCCUGGCCCCUUUCACGGACUCAAAAGGGCGUCGGGUCGAUGCCAAUGUGAUCCGUGCCAGUCUUGGCGACUUCCGAGAUGUCAUUAGAUCGCCCGCACUCUACGGUGCCCGCCUUUCCCAAGCAUUCAGCGCGACAGCCAGUACAGUCAGGGUGCCACAGGAACACGUGCGUCAUAUACCAGAUAUCGAGGCGGAAAAAGGCAAAGCUCACACGGAUGGCGUCGGACAGAUAUCGCCGGCCCUGAUGGCGGACGUUUGGGAGAGCUAUGUGUCCAUGCACGGCGAACAUCGUCAACGAAAGCUGCUGAAAGCCACGGCGCCCUCAGCUAUUCAGAUUCGCCUUGGAGGCAGCAAAGGCAUGCUUGCGGUGCAUCCUGGGCUCACUGGCAAAGUUGUGUGCCUGCGUCCCAGCAUGCUCAAGUUCAGCUCAGGACACCAAGAUCUCGAGGUCGCCAACUCUUCAUCCCGCUGUCUGUCGGCCAAGCUCAAUCGCCCGCUCAUCAACGCGCUCGACGACCGCGGGGUCAACAAGGACGCGUUUCUGGACAUACAGGACGAGGCCAUGCGGCAAAUCGACCGGGCCCGCACCAGGUUCAACGAGACGGCCAAGCUGUGCUCAGCGUUCAGUCUCGGCACGGGCUGCAACCUUCGAACUCUCUUUGAGAAGUGCCACAAGGCCGGCCUCGGGGCUGCAACAGUCGAAGACGACAGCUUCUUGCUCGUGCUCGCCAAAGCGGUGACAGCUGCCGCAUUCGGUGACAUGAAGCGCAAGGCUCGUAUUCCCGUCAAAGGUGUCACUCUGCUUGGUAUUGCAGACGAGUUCAGCUUUCUGAAGGAGGGAGAAGCGUUUGCACAGGUAGAGACAGUGGAGUUUGGACAAGUCAAUCGAAGAAUACUGACGGGGCGAAAGCUGAUCGGGCGAUCACCGACAAUUGACCCGAGCGACGUUUGCAUGAUCGAAUGCCGGAAGCCGCCUCCGGGACAUCCUCUCUUGCAGCUCCGGAACGUCAUUGUCUUCAACACCUGCACGCGUGAUCAGCCGCUCCCGCGCAGGCUGGGAGGAGGAGAUCUCGAUGGCGACUUAUACACCAUCUACGAAGAUGAACGUCUCUUCCCUCAGACGCGUCAGCCCCCAGGAGUCUUCCACGAUAAGGUGAAGGAGCUGACGCUCAACAUAGACUGCGGUCCGCAUCAGCUGGCCGAGUUCUUUGCCGACUUCAUGCUAAAUGACUUUAUCGGGCUGGUUUCGCACCUUCACCUGCGAAUUGCGGACAUCAGCGAGCUGGGCUCGGAAGAUCCCAGAUGCAAGAAGCUAGCGAGGCUGCACUCUCAGGCCACUGACUUCCGCAAGACAGGCGUCGCUGUGGCGAGGACCGACCUGCCUAGAAUGCAAGAUCCCAUCAUUCCUGAUUUCCUGGUGCAAUCCGAGGAGAAGAGGGAAGGCAAGCUCACAUAUGCGAGCAAAAGGGUAUUGGGACACUUGUAUCGAGCGGUCUCGUGGGACAUGACAGACACGCCAAGCCUGGACAAAAACACGGAUCCCGAAACCGGGCUCGAAAGAGUCAUCGACGAGGAGCCUCCGGAGAUGGACGACGACGAGCUAACCGAAUUUGGGGCUGAGUUCAACAGGCUUGCAGAGCAACAGUCUCAGGGUCUGAUCAGCUCGGCACGUGCGACAGUAGGUAAUGGUUCGGCGACGCAGGCACUGCCUACCUCGUCUCAUUCUGGAACGCGAAACCUCCUGGCUGCAAGGAUCACUGGUCCAGCAGGCUCAGCCGACUCCACGAACGCUGCUCCUUGGCAAUUCAAGGACUCCACUUUCCCUCAGUUGCUCCAAAGAAUCAAUCAGGCGAACAGAUACUUUCUUCCAGCGCUCGGAGAUGACGGCAUACCGAAAGACGACGGUAGCGUGACCGCAGAGGGCCAUCGCUACGCAGCGCUCUUCCAAACCUUCACGAGCUUACUCCGCCAAAUGUCGCGCAAGAUCGCGUCGUACCACCCCUACCCUGACAAGCUUCGACGAAACGCCAGCGAUGCUGAAACCCCAAUGAACGGCGUCUACCUGGUUUCCGAGGUGUACUUGCUCACGGGCCGUCUUCCGUGGGCAAGAGUGGCGAAGAGAACCCGUACCGACCGGGAUAAUGACCUUCUCGACGGUAUGCAGUCUAUCUGCACGCUCCUGCGCAAACGACUCUGCCGAUUGUCGGAGCAAGGCGCAUACGAUAGCGCUGAGCAUGGCGGGUCCGGUCCGGAUACAGGUGGCAAGACAGAGACAUCGCUGGCUGAUAGCGGCGGAGGCUCUGGACGAGCUCAACGAGUUGCUGCAGGAGUUGCUGGCUCGAGCACCUCGGCCCGCUAUACAGGGGUUGGAACUGCGGAAGCUCCUAUCGAAGUGGACUCGAGCGAUGAGGAGUCGCUCUCAGGCGUGGAUAGUGCACGCUCGACUACUCCUCGCCCAGAUGGUCAAAGAUCGGCGUUGAGGCCCGUCACAAAUGUCAUUGACAACGCCUCGAGCGUUGCUGCGCAGCCUGUUCCUGGCUCAUCAAGUAGCGCACUCAAAAGGAAGGCGUCGCAAGACAUCGGUGAAGGUCAAAAGCGUACUCAGUCUGGCACGCCGUUGCCUCUCCAGACCCCUGCAGACGACAAUGAUGACAGACGAGCGACUCCGACCGCACCGGAUCACCCCAUCUCCCCCGCAUCUCAGCCGUCUCCACCGCCCGCGCCCAUGCUCCCUGCACAAGACGAAUUCAUCCGCCUAGACGCCGGCGAUGACGACGCCGCGACAGUUGCGGAGGAAGACGAGGGCGAAGAGGGUGAACUGACCGCUGCUUCAGCCCAAAACACAGUCGACUCACUGUGGAAGGCCUGUCAUUUCUUUUGCUCCCCCGAUCGCCCUCGAUACUCCAACGUGUACGGGUACAACACGUUCAUGAUCACGCUGACACUGCACAUGCUGUCGAUGUUGGAGACGCUCAAGCAUCUGUCCCGCGAUCAGGGUGGGAAGAGGUACUACCAGCGACCGCGAGCGGUGACACCUACGCCUCAAAAUCCAGAGGUCAAGACCGAGGAAGAUGGAUUCGAAGAGGAGGAAGACUACGCCGAGGAGGAUGAGAUGGAGUACGAACAGGACCCAAACUACAGUCUGACCGAAGAAGCUAUGCGGGCACUCAACCUUGGGCAGGCCAUCCUCGCCGACAUGCCUCCCAACCAGCUCGGCUUCGACGGCUAA